AUGGUCAAGAAGGUGAGAUCGACUCCCGCUCCCAAAGAUGAUCGUUUUGAUUCUCUCGUCCACUUUGGGCUAGUAGUUCAAAAUAUGUGUAGCCACUUACAAGCAGUCGGAUUAGCGCAACAUCUCUCGGACCCAACACUUCUCAAUGAACUCGUCGAAAAGUUACCACCAACUGUAAAAUUUAAUUGGGGACUCUACCUGGAGCAAAUUCCCUGCCCAGACUUGAGUGUCUUUGCCCAAUACAUGGAACGAGUUGUCAAAGCAGCCAGUCGCGUUACCCUCAAUAAUGGUACUACGAGCAGGAUUUCCAAGGACGAACGAUCGAGAAAGGAGAAGGGGUUCAUUAAUACACAUUCCAUAACUCUUGAGACACCAGAAGAUACGACCGAGGUUGAUGACUACCCAACAAACACAUCGAAUGUGAAAAAUGCUGUAGUAUGUGUUGCUUGUAAUGACACUAAUCAUCACAUUACGAACUGCUCUGUAUUCAAAGAGUUUACUUUAGAUGAUCGGUGGAACCUAGUAAAAAGAGAUAAACUAUGCCGAAACUGUUUGAGUCAACAUCGCCGCUGGCCAUGUAGAGGAAGAACAUGUGUAAUUAACAAUUGCCAAAAACGCCAUCAUCGACUUUUGCAUUUCGAGCCGCAGGUGAACCAAUCAACUGCCAGUGUCAACGUACAUCGGGAAAUAUCCUCUUCUACGCUUUUUCGAAUGCUUCCAGUGUUGCUAAUUGGGCCUAAGGCAAAAGUCGAGACUUAUGCCUUUCUUGACGACGGUUCGUCAGUCACUCUUCUGGAACGUGCAAUUGCUGAUAAGAUUGGAGCUGAAGGUCCUUCAACGUCCUUGUGUAUUCAAUGGACAGGCGGGGUGAAUAAAACAAUAUCAGACACUAAAAUUUUGGAGCUACAAAUAUCUGGAAUUGAUGCUGAAAAAUGUCUACCAGUUUCGGAAGUAUACACCGUCGACUCUUUAGGAUUGCCCGAACAAAACUUAGAUUUCAAUAAAUUGAAAAAUCGUUUCGAACACUUGGAUGGUAUCCCAGUAAAAAGUUUUAAAUCUGCUGUCCCAGGAAUCCUAAUAGGUCUUAGCAACGCUCAUCUACUUACUACAUUCAAGAAGCGAGAAGGUCGAGUAAACGAACCUAUAGCUUCUAAAACGCGAAUCGGAUGGUCAGUCUACGGUCGCUUACCAGGGGGAGCCAGCCAGCAACCACAUCGACAAAUGCACAUAUGUGGACAGCCACACCAUGAUGAUUUGCACGAACUAGUUAAAGGUUUUUUCGAUAUUGACAGUCUUGGAAUCGCUUUGGCACCGACAGUACAAAGUUUUGAUGACGAAAGGGCCUACAGAAUUUUGAGGGAAACCACAAGAAGAACAACUAGCGGGAGAUUCGAAGUAGGCCUCCUAUGGCGAUUCGAUUAUAUCGAGCUGCCCGAUAGCAAACCAAUGGCAGAGAAACGCCUCAAGUGUCUGGAAACCCGUUUAAAGAAGAACCCAGAUCUAUAUGACAAAGUUCGACAGCAAAUAAAAGACUACCAACUUAAAGGUUAUGCCCACAAAGCCACCAAGGAAGAGCUGGAGAAAUUCGACUUGCGACGGACAUGGUUCUGCCCCCUUGGUGUUGUUAUAAAUGAGCGGAAACCUGGUAAAAUUCGCCUCAUUUGGGACGCAGCCGCAAGAGUCGAAGGCGUGUCCCUUAAUUCUGUUCUUAUGAAAGGUCCGGAUUUAAUAUCUUCUCUUUUAAGCAUUCUCUUCCAAUAUCGAGAACGUAAGGUUGCCAUCUCAGCGGAUAUCAAAGAGAUGUUCCACCAGAUACUCAUUCGCGAACAAGACCGUAGUGCGCAACUUUUCCUAUGGAGAGACUCCCCCGAACACCCGCUUGAUAUUAUGGUGACUGAUGUAGCUAUUUUCGGAGCCACUUGUUCGCCAGUGCAAUCGCAGUUCGUCAAAAAUCUGAACGCGACUGAAUACUCGUCCAGAUUCCCUAAGGCUUGCAAUGAUAUAAUGCAUUUGCAUUACAUGGACGAUUACCUUAGAAGCGCAGACACAGUAGAUGAAGCAAUCGAGUUGGCUCUUCAAGUAACCAAGGUUCACGAAAAAGGAGGCUUUCAAAUUGUGAAUUGGCUAUCAAAUGAGUCCAUGGUGCUAGAUGCCAUAGGACAAGCCGAUCCAACUGCUGUUAAAAACUUGCAACUCGAUAAAACGAACCGAGCAGAACGAUUAUUGGGAAUCCUUUGGCACCCAAAGGAAGACGUCUUUACCUUUUCGCUAAAUUUACGCGAGGAUGUGGCUAAGAUUCUUGUUGAUGAUAAAAUCCCUACGAAACGGGAACUGCUUAAAGUGGUCAUGAGUAUCUACGACCCACUUGGUUUAAUAUCUCUGUUUGUAGUCCAGGGGAAAAUUAUCGUUCAAGAUGUAUGGCGUUCUAAAAUCGACUGGGACGAAGAAAUUUCAACGGAGAUGACCGCGCGCUGGAAACUAUGGUUGAAUACACUGCAGCAAAUAAAGGAGUUUCAGAUCCCGCGAUGUUAUUUUCCUAACUAUAACGAGAAAAGCUAUGAUAACUUACAGCUCCACAUAUUCACAGACGCAAGCGAACAAGCUUGCGCGGCUGUUGCGUACUUUCGCAUCGUCGAAAAGGGAAAUGUUCGUUGCGCAUUGGUUACCUCGAAAACAAAGGUGGCUCCUCUUCAAUUCCUGUCAAUACCGCGCUUAGAACUUCUUGCAGCAGUUUUGGGAGUGCGUUUGAAGAAAAUCGUAGAACAAGAGCAUACUUUGGUUAUCAAGCGCACGGUUCUAUGGAGUGAUUCUACAACUGUUCUAGCCUGGAUUCGAUCCGAUACGCGACGCUAUACACAAUACGUAGGUCAUCGGGUCAAUGAAAUCCUCCAUUCUUCGCAGAUUCAACAAUGGAGAUGGGUACCAACUAGUUUGAAUGUAGCGGAUGAAGCUACUAAAUGGGGCAAAGGUCUUUCGAUUCAACCAGAUAGUCGAUGGCUAAAAGCACCCGAGUUUUUGUAUGACAAUGAAGAAGAAUGGCCUCAUGAUCACCCUAUUUCCGCUCAAGAAACGAACGAAGAACUGCGACCUGCCAUGAUAUGUGUACACGUGGCUGUCGAACCUUUAAUCGAUGUAACACGUUUUUCGAAGUGGGAACGCUUGUUAAGGUGCGUUGGAUACGUGUUUCUUUUCAUUGAGAAACGUCUCCGGAAACCAGGUGAAGUGACCGCGGUAAGAUUAUCCCGAGAACACCUUAGAAGAGCUGAAAAUGUUCUUUGGAGAAUGGCACAGCAUGGUCCUUUUUUUGAUGAGCUAAGUAUUUUGAAGCAUAAUUCCAAAUUAAAUUGUACGACGAAGCGUAAACUGCAAAAAUCCAGUCCUUUAGUACAUGUGAAUCCUUUUAUUGACGAGAAUGAUGUGAUCCGAAUGAGUGGUAGACUUGAGGCAGCAGAGUGGCUCUCGUAUGAUGCGAGAAACCCUGUGAUACUCCCAAGAGAUAGUAGGAUAACUUACUUAAUAUUGGACUGGUACCAUCGACAACAUCGUCAUGCUAACAAUGAGACUGUAGUCAAUGAAGUGCGCCAAAGAUUUUAUGUGGCAAGACUAAGAGUUCAAAUACAGACCCUCUCGAGAAAAACAUGCAUGUGGUGUAAGGUUUACAAAGCUCGUCCGGUCGCUCCUCAGAUGGCCCCUCUGCCUAAAGUUCGAGUAACUCCAAACGUUCGCCCAUUUUCAUUCACUGGUAUCGACUACUUUGGGCCGUACUAUAUAAAAAUUGGCAGGGCUGUUGCCAAACGAUGGGUUGUCCUUUUCACCUGCCUCACCGUAAGGGCCAUUCACCUAGAGAUCGCUGCCUCUCUCUCGACUGACUCCUGCAAAAAGGCUAUCCGACGUUUCAUCGCACGUAGAGGCGCUCCAGAAGAAAUUUACACGGAUCAUGGAACGAACUUCAAAGGAGCUAGCCGCGAACUUAAAGCAGAACUUUCUAAGUUAAAUGGUGAGUUGGGAACUUCAUUCACUGAUGCAGUGACUCAAUGGUAUUUUAACCCCCCAGCAGCACCUCACAUGGGUGGUUGCUGGGAGAGAAUGGUCAGAUCUGUUAAGACGGCUCUUGAGACCAUCCCAAUUGCUGACAAAUUAGACGAGGAAUCGUUGGCGACUGUUCUUGCAGAAGCAGAACAUAUGAUAAAUUCGCGACCACUCACUUUCAUUCCAUUAAGAUCCACCGAAGAAGAAUCAUUAACGCCAAAUCAUUUUUUGAUGCUAAGUUCGAAAGGGGUGCAUCAAGGCACAAAGAUAACAAAUCCGGGUAAUUCACUCAGAACCAGUUGGGAAUAUAUUCAAAGGGUCCUACAAGAAUUUUGGAGACGAUGGGUGGUUGCUUAUCUUCCUACAAUUGCAAGACGAACUAAAUGGUUCGAUGAUAUUCGUCCUAUACAAAACGGUGAACUUGUGAUCAUUGUGGAUGAGCGUAUUCGAAACCGGUGGUUGAGGGGGCGUGUAUUGAAAACAUAUCCGGGUAAAGAUGGUGUAACAAGACGUGCAGAUGUGCAAACAGCGGAUGGUAUCUUCAGCAGACCAGUCACCAAAUUAGCGCUUCUGGACGUAGGAACCGAGCAUGACGCCGAACCGGAAAUUCUAGCGACAUGA